AUGUCCCAUCAAACCGGCAUCCAAGCCAGCAGAGAAGUGAAAAAUGUGUUUGCCAAGGCACGGAAUGGAGACUACCGCCUGUUAAAGAUUAUCAUCGCAAAUGAGGAACUUGUACUGGGGGAGAGCAAGCGAGCGGUCAAGAAAUGGGACCAGGAGUACGACGCCUAUGUCCUCCCACUGCUGGAGGAUGGCAUGCCCAGCUACCUCCUGUACAGACUCGACUCCACCAACAACCAAGGCUACGAAUGGCUGUUCCUGGCUUGGUCGCCAGACAACUCUCCGGUUCGGCAGAAGAUGCUGUACGCAGCCACGCGUGCUACUCUUAAAAAAGAGUUUGGUGGAGGACACAUAAAAGAGGAGAUCUUUGGCACUGUCAAGGACGAUUUGUCGUUAAGUGGGUAUCGAAAGCACUUGGCCUCGCUGUCUGCUCCUUUGCCGUUGACGGCAGCAGAGGAGGAACUGAGACAGAUCAAACUCAACGAGAUGCAAACCGAUAUCAGCGUGGACACCAAGCAGCAGACGUUACAGGGUGUGGCCUUCCCUAUACAAAGAGAGGCAAUGCACGCUCUGGAACAGUUCCGCGACAAGAGGCUGAACUAUGUGCAGCUGGAAAUUGACUUUCCAAACGAGUCUAUCAAGUUGUCCAGCACUGCCCCCACAGAGCUGAGGGAUCUGCCCAAAAGGAUCCCAAGAGACGCUGCCCGAUAUCACUUUUUUCUGUACAAACAUACCCAUGAAGGGGAUUACUUAGAGUCCCCAGUCUUCAUCUACUCGAUGCCGGGGUAUAAGUGCAGUAUUCGGGAGAGAAUGCUCUAUUCCAGCUGCAAGAGCCCACUGAUAGACACGGUGGAAAAGAAUCUACGCAUUCAAAUUGCAAAAAAGCUGGAAAUCGACAACGGUGACGAUCUAACUAGUGAGUACCUUUAUGAGGAAGUCCAUCCCAAACAACAUGCCCAUAAACAAGCCUUUGCCAAACCUAAGGGUCCGGCCGGGAAGAGAGGGGGGCGUCGGAUUACACGCAUGCCAGGGGACGCCGAUUACGAUGAUUAAACGUCCCUCUGAACCUUACAGUGGAACAGUCCAGUAUGACCUCACCAACCCCCCACUGAAAAGACCCUGUGGUUGACCUUUAGUCUUGUAGACUGCAGCCCCUUGUAGGCUCUACUCCUCUAUGCACACCCAGAAAACACUACGCUAGGAAAUGAAACCUGUGAAAUGGCA